AUGCGCGCAAAGUGCAGUGGUACGCGCCCGUCCCGUCCAGAUCGCAAGCAAGUUACACGUUUGGGACGCCUGCCCGAGUACAUCAGUGUUGCAUUCAUUUGUUAUAGCGCCCCAGAGGGGCGGCAUCCGCACAGCGUUGCCGUGCAGACCAGCGGUCAGAACUCCAGGGAGGGCUCGCACAGCCUGACAGAUCGGAAGUGGGGAGGCCGGCCAAGGCCAGGUAGCAGCGUGCAGCACUCGCAGGGCCGCCCACAGUACGGCCCCGGCCCCGCGUUCACAGGUCUCAGGAAGCUUGGGAGCUUUCUCGAGCAGCCACUACAGGGUUUGGGACCCCGGGGGCCCGCCGGCACCCCCGCCUUGCCACAGGGUGGCGCUACAGCGCUUUUCCGAACGUCAGUCACGGGCCUACCCAGCAACAGCGGCCGGAAGUGCCGCCACUCAAACUUCCGCCGGGGUGUCCGGGUGGGCGGGGUUUCGCGCGGCCACAGCUUUGCUUCCGGGGCGCAGGUGACGCGAAGGCCGCGACGCUUCCUGCAAUACGUCGCCGAGAAGUCCUCCGUGCUACGCGGUUACUUCGCGGCCCUCUUCUGUGUGGGUCGACGCCGCCGCUAUGAACAAGAAGAAGAAGCCGUUCCUGGGGGGUGGAGGAAAGCACACAGAAGCAGGGUCACCCAGAUAACAGGUAUCUUUGGGGCAUGCAGUGCCACUGGCUUCACUACCCGCUCAGACAUUGGGCCUGCCCGGGACGCAAAUGAUCCUGUGGAUGAUCGCCAUGCACCACCAGGCAAAAGAACUGUGGGGGACCAGAUGAAGAAAAACCAGGCUGCCGAUGAUGAUGAUGAGGAUCUGAAUGACACCAACUAUGAUGAGUUUAAUGGUUAUGCUGGGAGCCUUUUCUCUAGUGGACCUUAUGAAAAAGAUGAUGAAGAAGCAGAUGCUAUUUAUGCAGCUCUGGAUAAAAGGAUGGAUGAAAGAAGGAAAGAAAGAAGAGAACAAAGGGAGAAAGAAGAGAUUGAGAAAUACAGAAUGGAACGCCCCAAAAUCCAGCAACAGUUCUCAGAUCUCAAAAGGAAGCUGGCAGAGGUCACAGAAGAAGAAUGGUUGAGCAUCCCGGAGGUCGGCGAUGCCAGAAACAAACGUCAGCGAAAUCCACGUUAUGAGAAGCUGACCCCUGUCCCUGAUAGUUUUUUCGCCAAACAUUUACAGACAGGAGAGAACCAUACUUCUGUGGAUCCCCGGCAAACUCAAUUUGGAGGUCUGAACACGCCCUAUCCAGGUGGGCUGAACACCCCAUACCCAGGUGGAAUGACACCGGGCUUGAUGACACCUGGCACGGGGGAGCUGGACAUGAGGAAGAUUGGGCAAGCGAGGAAUACGCUGAUGGACAUGAGGUUGAGCCAGGUGUCUGACUCUGUGAGUGGACAAACUGUUGUGGACCCCAAAGGCUAUCUGACAGAUCUAAACUCUAUGAUCCCGACCCAUGGAGGGGACAUCAAUGAUAUCAAGAAGGCACGACUGCUCCUCAAGUCUGUUCGAGAGACAAAUCCUCAUCACCCCCCAGCCUGGAUUGCCUCUGCACGCCUGGAGGAAGUCACUGGGAAGCUGCAAGUAGCUCGGAAUCUUAUUAUGAAGGGGACAGAGAUGUGUCCCAAGAGUGAAGAUGUCUGGCUAGAAGCAGCCAGGUUGCAGCCUGGGGACACAGCUAAGGCCGUUGUGGCCCAGGCUGUCCGUCAUCUUCCACAGUCUGUUAGGAUUUACAUCAGAGCAGCAGAGCUAGAAACAGACAUUCGAGCAAAGAAGCGGGUUCUUCGGAAAGCCCUAGAGCAUGUUCCAAACUCUGUUCGCUUGUGGAAAGCAGCUGUUGAGCUGGAAGAACCUGAGGAUGCUAGAAUCAUGCUCAGCCGAGCUGUGGAGUGCUGCCCCACUAGUGUGGAGCUCUGGCUUGCUCUGGCGAGGCUGGAGACUUAUGAAAAUGCCCGCAAAGUCUUAAAUAAAGCACGUGAGAACAUUCCUACAGACCGGCACAUCUGGAUCACGGCCGCCAAGCUUGAGGAAGCCAAUGGGAACACUCAGAUGGUGGAGAAGAUCAUUGACCGAGCCAUCACCUCACUGCGGGCCAAUGGUGUGGAGAUCAACCGUGAGCAGUGGAUUCAGGAUGCUGAGGAGUGUGACAGGGCAGGGAGUGUGGCCACCUGCCAAGCAGUCAUGCGUGCCGUGAUUGGGAUUGGGAUUGAAGAAGAAGAUCGGAAGCACACCUGGAUGGAAGAUGCUGACAGUUGUGUGGCCCACAACGCCCUGGAGUGUGCACGAGCUAUCUACGCCUAUGCCCUGCAAGUGUUCCCCAGCAAGAAGAGUGUGUGGCUACGAGCUGCGUACUUUGAGAAAAAUCACGGUACCAGGGAGUCUCUGGAAGCACUUCUGCAGCGGGCUGUGGCCCAUUGCCCCAAGGCAGAGGUGCUGUGGCUCAUGGGUGCCAAAUCCAAGUGGCUGGCAGGAGAUGUGCCUGCAGCAAGGAGCAUCUUGGCCUUGGCCUUCCAGGCCAACCCCAACAGCGAGGAGAUCUGGCUGGCAGCCGUGAAGCUGGAGUCAGAGAACAACGAGUACGAGCGGGCCCGAAGGCUGCUGGCCAAGGCGCGGAGCAGUGCACCCACAGCUCGAGUGUUUAUGAAGUCUGUGAAGCUGGAGUGGGUUCUGGGGAACAUUGCAGCUGCCCAGGAGCUGUGUGAGGAGGCACUGAAGCACUAUGAGGACUUCCCCAAGCUGUGGAUGAUGAAAGGGCAAAUUGAGGAGCAAGGGGAGCUGAUGGAGAAGGCUCGAGAAGCUUACAACCAGGGGCUAAAGAAGUGCCCCCACUCCACACCCCUGUGGCUCUUGCUUUCCCGGCUAGAGGAGAAAAUUGGGCAGCUGACCCGAGCACGGGCCAUUUUGGAGAAGUCUCGUCUGAAGAACCCAAAGAACCCUGGGCUGUGGUUGGAGUCCGUCAGGCUGGAGUAUCGUGCAGGGCUGAAGAACAUCGCCAACACGCUAAUGGCCAAGGCAUUGCAGGAAUGCCCCAACUCUGGUAUCCUGUGGUCUGAAGCUGUCUUCCUUGAGGCCCGGCCACAGAGAAAGACCAAGAGUGUGGAUGCCCUAAAGAAGUGUGAGCAUGAUCCUCACGUGCUCCUGGCUGUGGCCAAGCUGUUCUGGAGUGAGCGGAAGAUCACCAAGGCCCGGGAGUGGUUCCACCGCACAGUGAAGAUUGAUUCAGACCUGGGGGAUGCCUGGGCUUUCUUCUACAAGUUUGAGUUACAGCAUGGCACCGAGGAGCAGCAGGAGGAGGUGAGGAAACGCUGUGAGAAUGCAGAGCCUCGGCAUGGGGAGCUGUGGUGCACCGUGUCCAAGGACAUCACCAACUGGCAGAGGAAGAUUGGGGAGAUCCUGGUGCUGGUGGCUGCUCGCAUCAAGAACACCUUCUGAGGGGGGUGGGGCAUAUGGGGAUGGCACAUGGGCAAGUGUGCUCAGGGUCUCAGGUAUCUUCAUUCAUUAAAGAUUUUUAUAUAGUGUAUCAGGGCUGGAGCCUUGCUAGUUUUCUCCAGGCUCUUCCUUGGUGUGUGUCUUUGCAAUCUGAUUCCAUCCCCUUGCAUGUGAGUGGGUAGUUGUGACACCUCUGCUUUGGGCAUGAAGAUGCAUGGUUGGGGUGACAGGGCUUGCUGAGAUUUGCUGAAGAAGGUGGAGGGAGCACAGGCUCUGAAGACAGUAGGACACCAUGUCACAGAUCUGAAAUAGCAGGUCAGAGGCUACACAGGACCAAGCUGUGAGUGGGAUGAAGCUCUUGGCAGGGUCACAUCCACAAGAUAAGGGACUGUUAGGCCUUGUAUCUAGAUUUCCUCCCAAACCUUAUGUAGUCAUAAGUGGGGUUUUUCAGAGGUAGCUGGAACCACAGUGUGUGAUGCUUGGAUCAAGAGUGUAUGAUAACUGAAUUAGUCUACUGAUUGGUUUGACAUAGUUCUGGGUGUGUAUAAUAGGAAGGCCUACUCUGGGUGUGAAUGCUACCUGCCCUAAGGGCAUGUAGAACAGAUUAGAAUAUAAGGAACAGAGGACUAGGGUUUUAGCUUGGUGGUGCUACACCUCCUUACAGGCAGAAGGUGUCCUGAGUUUGAUCCCUGGUACCGGAGGUGUGGCGGGGGGAGUAUAAGGGACAUUGCUUGCUUCACUAUUUUGCCACUUUGCUGCCUUCUGCCCACCAUAAACUGUUUCCCCCCCCCGUGAUGCAUCUCUGCCAGG